UGCAUUGAUAACACGCAGAAAUCGAUAAGCAUCGCAAAAAAUUAUCGGUGCUCGAUGCAUCGGCGUAUUUUUUACAUCACUACCUUAAACUAUACUAGCGUGCGCGUAUUUUACAAUUACGAUUUGGAGAGACAAAAUUUUUUUCGCAUCAUUUAGGCGCAUUCAAGCCCCGAUGUGAAAUUGUUUUUCUGUAUAUUUUUCCAGCUCGAUUUUCGGCAAACAAGAAGGCGAAGAAGAAGACCAAAGCCAAGCGAAAAAAGUGAGCGUGUGUGCGUAGAGAGCGUUACAGCAAGCAGCCGUGUUGGUGUUUUUUGCGCGAGAGAGAAAGAGAGAGAGAGUGCGUGUUUGUGUGUGUGUGUGUAUAGGGACGCCGCUAAAAAGGCGCAGAAAAAAAGAAGCGAAGAAACAAGGAUUUUUUCUUUAUUCGCUCGCUAAUUGACUACCGUACAGCAAUGGAGGAAGUAUCGAUAAAGAAGCGCGGCCGACCGCAAAAGGCGACCACCGGUGGUGGAUCCUCAUCAGCGGCGUCGGCAGCAGCCUCGCCGGGCCCCAAAAAGCGCGGCCGUCCCUCCAAGAAUAAGGGCUCCAAUACGUCCAGUGGUGGCGGUGGCCAGCGUGGUCGUCCCGCUAAGGCGUCCAAAAUCCAAAAUGACGAUGAUCUCGAGGACGAGGAGGAGGAGGGCUCCGGCGCUGAGCUUGGAAACAACUCAUCCCCCUUGCCGACGAAGGGCAGGGGACGCCCCAAGAGCAUUGGUGGCGCCGGAGCAGGAGCUAGCGAUGCGGUCAAGACGCCGGGUUCCGCCAAGAAACGCAAGGCCGGCAGGCCCAAGAAGCACCAGCCCAGCGACAGCGAGGAUGAAGACGUGCAGGAUGAUGAUGACGACGGCAGCAGCAACGAGGAACGUCGCCCAGUGGGCCGGCCUUCGGCUGGUUCCGUCAACCUGAACAUAGCGCGCACGGGACGCGGCCUGGGAAGGCCCAAGAAGCGGACAACCGAGUCCAAUGGCGAUGGGGAGCCACAAGUGCCGAAAAAACGCGGUCGCCCGCCACAGAACAAGUCGGGUGGUGGCAGCAUUGCCUACGUGCCCACCGGUCGUCCACGUGGUCGUCCAAAGGCCAGUGCUGCGCCCGUCGAGAAGCAGGAUGAUGAUGAUGAUGAUCAGGACGAUGAGAAUUCCGUGGAAGAGGUGCUCAGCACGCCGGAGAAGUCUGUAGUGGCGCCAAAGAAGCGUGGACGUCCCCCUCUUGGCGCCGCCAAGGUGCCAAAGGAGGGAACACCGAAGCCCCGUGGUCGCCCAGCGAAAAUCAUUGACGAUGCAGAUGCAGAUGCGGAUGCAGACGCAGAUGCAGAUGAUGCUGAUUCCACCGACCAGGCUGAAAACAACUCAAAGAAGGAGUCGAACGACGAGGACCACACCUUGGAUGGGACACCAACAAAAGGAGGAGGUCUCAAGUGGAACUCUGAUGGCGAAAAUGAUGCCAACGACGAAUGUGUUUCGGAUGCCUACAAUGAUUCCGAAUCAGUAGCUGCCUAAAGCAACAAAUUUAUAAUCAUUUCCAGACACACCCACCCUAAGAAUUAACAAAAGAAAAGAGAGGUGGAAAAGAACACAAAAAACAAAAACAGUCAGUAAGAGAACCUCCUAAAACUACACACUAUCUACAUACAUAUUCAAAUUGGAUUGGAAUUUUCAAAUAAAUAACAUAUAUGUAUUAGAGAAGUGCUGCCUUUUUUUUCUUUUGUUUAAGAUUUUAAGAAACAUUCAUAGUUGCAGUGUAAAACACUGAACUUAUUGUAACAAGAAAUUUCAUUUGAUUGCAGCCA